AGGGUGAGGCGAGCACAAGCUAGCUAGUGGUGAAGCAGCCAUUGUGUGAAGAAGAGGGAAGCGGUCUCGAACGUUAUAUUUAACAGCGGAUGAAGAAACAUUCUAACUUAGAGAUAAAGGGUUUCAUUUCUACAUUAAGAUUCGUUGAAGUGAGAUAGACAGAUGUCAGAUUUUGACGAUUUUGAGAAACAAUUGCUGGAGAACCGGCAAGAACGAGAAAGAGAGCGUCACAAGAAGAAGAGUCGCAGCAUCUCCAGAAGUAGAAGUCGGGAUAAAAAACGGAGAAGUCGAAGCAGAGACAAACGCAGCCGCAGUCGUGACAAAAGAAGUCGAAGUCGAGGAGGGAGAAGCAGAAGCAGAGAUAAGCGAAGUGCUUCACGAGAACGAAAGCGACACAGUCGGUCUCCUCGUCGUUCUCGUAGAAAGAAGCCUUAUAGAUACUGGGAUGUUCCCCCUCCAGGUUUUGAGCACAUUACCCCAAUGCAGUACAAGGCGAUGCAAGCUGCGGGUCAGAUCCCAGCUACAGCAUUGUUGGCAACCUCUACAGUAGGUGGUGUGACAAUCACACCAACACAAGUUCCAAUCAUUGGCAGCCAGAUGACCAGGCAAGCCAGGCGGCUGUACGUAGGCAACAUACCCUUUGGUGUCACAGAGGCAACCAUGGCAGAUUUCUUUAAUGCUCAGAUGCGCCUUGCUGGGUUGUCACAGGCUCCAGGGAACCCUGUGUUGGCUGUGCAGAUCAACCAAGAUAAAAAUUUUGCUUUUCUUGAGUUCCGAUCAGUUGAUGAAACUACACAAGCAAUGGCAUUCGAUGGGAUCAUCUUCCAGGGUCAAUCUUUGAAGAUCCGACGUCCCCAUGAUUACCAACCUCUGCCAGGCAUGUCUGAGCAACCUUCUUUCCAUGUUCCAGGUGUUGUCUCAACGGUGGUUCCAGAUUCUCCACACAAGCUAUUCAUUGGCGGUUUGCCCAAUUACCUCAAUGAUGAUCAGGUUAAAGAACUCUUAACUUCGUUUGGUCCACUGAAAGCUUUUAACCUAGUGAAGGACAGUGCAACAUCUCUGUCCAAGGGCUAUGCCUUCUGUGAAUAUGUGGAUGUCAAUGUUACUGAUCAGGCUAUUGCAGGAUUGAAUGGGAUGCAGCUUGGUGAUAAGAAGCUUAUAGUACAAAGGGCCAGUGUUGGUGCGAAGAAUGCUAACCCGAAUGCUAUUAUUCAAACACCAGUGACCGUGCAGGUGCCAGGCCUUCCAACAAUGCAAGUUCAGAACACGGGGCUUCCCACUGAUGUGCUCUGCUUGUUAAACAUGGUGUCACCAGAUGAACUUAUUGAUGACGAAGAGUAUGAGGAAAUUUUGGAAGAUAUUAGAGAAGAGUGCAGCAAAUAUGGAACUGUGAAAUCGAUUGAAAUCCCUCGUCCACUGGAUGGAUUAGAAGUGCCUGGCUGUGGCAAGAUAUUUGUAGAAUUCAUCUCUCCUCUAGACUGCCAAAAAGCAAUGCAAGCACUAACAGGCAGAAAGUUUGCCAAUAGAGUUGUAGUUACCAAGUAUUAUGACCCAGAGCUGUACCACAGACGUGACUUCUAACAACACUCAAUCACCUUGCUGUCGGCAUUUCUGACUAAAGCUUUGUUUAUAGUUCUAACUAGAUCUGUAUAAAAUAGCACAGGUUUCAGUAGUUUGUAGUAAUCAAAUUCAGUUUAUUUUUAGCAUGGAUGUCUUGAUGUCGUUAUGGUAUUCUGCGUAAAUAUCCAUGUUGCAGGAACUGUAAUAGCAAAAAAACUUGUAAAUGGAAUUGAAUCUUUUUUAUAGUGUUGGGCCUUUCUUUCUUUUGACUUUUUGGGAAGGAACAGCAAAUUCUGUAACUGCUGAUUCUGUCAGACUGGUGAAACCAGUAUUUGAACACUGUACCUGGUUUCAACUAAUAAACUUCUGAAAUGGAAACUUA